GUAGUCCAGGUAUGUGCGUGUGUCUUGUGGCCCAUAGCAAAUUUUUCGACGUGGAAAUCUCACCACCAUCUCCGUUUCCGUGUUCUCCUUCCAUCUGUGCCACUUACAUAAUUUAACCUUACCUACAGCGUCAGCUAUCUGCUUGAAUCCGUCGCCACUAAACUGAGUCACAGCCACUUCCUGCUUUUAGACGCAUUUCCCAGCUUCUAAACGUCCGCCAUGGCUUCAGAAGGCUCGCCAUUCGGCACGUCUCUAGACGGUCUACCGGCCUUCUUUACCAAUGGCAACGUGGAUGAUACCAAGUACGAGUCUCUGCUUGCCGAUCUGCGCGCGCACGACCUUCUAGGACCAGUAGAGAGCGGCGCCCAGGCCAGUGACGCCGGUGGCUCAUCUCUCUUCUUUAACGACGCAUUCUCUGCUGUCUUUAUGGGCAAUUUUCAGUCAGGAGCUGCCCAAACCAGCGCUGGAUUAUCAGGCCGUGCGCCGCCCGGAUUGGCCCCUCCUUCAGAGGAUAUCAAGUGGGCCAGAGGUCAGCAGGAAUUUUCGAGACUCGAGGAGAAAUUCCAUGGCUCGGCAGCUGAGAAAUCGAGCUCGGCCCGCGCUCCGCCUCCAGGUCUGAGCUUGGAACAGGAUUCCGAGCUGGACGAGAGCCAAGUGCCAGGACUCAGGGGACUAGGUCUAGAUGACGAUGACAUUGUGGCCACACAGCCGGCCCAGCAGAGCCCACCUCCGCUUCCACAGGCCCCACCCGCCCCCGCCCCGCGUAUGCCGCCCCAGAACGCCCAGCCGCCCAACGCAUGGGCUGCGCCUCCAAUGGCCACUCCCAACGCGCAGCAACAGCAGCAACAUCAGCAAUUCAUGCCACCCCCACCUCCGCAUAUGCAGGGCCAACCGCCCCACCCGAUGUACAUGCAAGGCCCGCCGCAAGGCCAUCCAAUGCCAUCCCCACAGGGCAUGUAUCCGGGUGGGCCACCGCCUCCGCCGCAGUUUUUCGGACGUGGCCCGCCUCCUCCGAUGCGGCCGCCGUUCCCUGGUCAUCCUGGCGCGUUUGGCCGCAACGGCCCGCCUCACCCGCCGCCGCAGAUGCACCCACCUGCCUUCAAGAUGAUGACUCCGCGUGAUGUGAACUUUGUGAUACAACAGCAGAUGAAGUGGCUACGCUCGAGUGACCCGUUUAGUGACGACUACUAUUUCCAUAACUAUGUGCAGAAGCGCACACGUACUGGCGUGCCUGGCCGCUCGUCCGUGCCGCUACCAUCGUGGAAGCUGCAGCACGUCAAGUCCGUCGACCCGCGCGACGUACAGCGCGAAGUCAAGUCGCGUAACUGGGAAUCGGAGUACAACGUGCUGGGCCGCAACGCCAAGAGUAGUCUGUACCGUCCUAAGCAGUUGCUGAACCUGGCCGGCACAGAUGAGGCCGCCUCGCCUCCGUCUUCGUCGCCGACAAAUGCUGACGACCCGGAGCGUACACCGUUUAGUGGCGAAGAGGACGCCGCUUCUGCGGCGGCCGAAUCCAGUAGCGAAGCGGCCAGUGCCAAGCACGUGCGCGGUUCGAGUCCUGGCGCCCAGGCCGUCGCUGCAGAAGCUCAAUCCGCCAAGGUCCUGCGUAUGAGCAAUGAUGCCAGCCGUAACUCGGUGUUCGCGAACGAUACUUGGCAGCUGCGUCUCCAAUUGGAUCGUGGAAUGCAGUGCCUGCUGUCCCUCCAGGACGCGCGUCAUCUACUGGACGCUCGUGGCAUCAACGUGCAGCAGUUCCACUCGAUGAAUGAAGACGAGAUGGAUCCGGCCCUGGUUGAACUGCGCUCGCGGACGACGUCGCUGCUGUUGGAGCUGGCAGCACUUCUGGGUGUCAACGUGACGCAGGGUGGCGAAGCGGAUGCCUCUCGUGGUGUGAUGAGCUGUGACGUGCAACAGCUACAGAAAAUGCUGACGCCGACUAAGGGUAAAGUACUGGUGAGUCGAGCGCUGCCGCUCCUGCACCCGUCGGCCCGGUUCGUACUUCUGCCGCACCUGGUGGACCACCUGUUGUCUGGACGCACGGACGCCGGACGCCAAACGAACGUCAACGACGCCGGCGACGAUCGUCUGUGCCAGACGCUGGUGCUCAUGUUGCUGUACGUGCCGCCUGCCCCACCCGCAGAGCUGCUAACUGAGUGUCUGCAGCGUGCGCUGAACGGCCACAACGUGCAGUCUCUGUCUGCCGUACUGCACAACCGUGCGCGCGCCGAGGCUCUACAGGCACUGCUGCAACGUGGUGGAUCCGCCGUCCAGCAACUCACGCAGACUGAAGGAGUCGACGCUGAGCACGCGAAAAGCGUCAAGCAGCAAUGGGAACACCACCAGAGCGUGUUCGUGCAGCUGGCCACCGCCAUCAAGCAAGCGGCUUAA